UCCACUUUAGGCACCUUAGAAGUUAGAUGGCACCUAAAUACAAUCAUCUAAGCUGAAAUGAUGCGUGGAUUACAUUAUACCAUUCUCUUCCGACAACCUCGAUUGCGUAACUGCAACGUGAUCUCACCGCUGAUGCUGCCUAUCCGCUCUGCGUCUGGAUCUCAGAAAAGCAUCACUGUGUGGGAACCUAGUAGGAAGAGCAGUAAGCGAUAUGAGGUCAGUGGGGGCAAACCUAUGACAAAACUAGAACAUAUGAAGCAUGGAUUUCAAGUUUUAAAAGAUGAAAUCGUUUCAUGGAAAGAAGAGCAGAUGGAGCGACUUAGAUGUGACCCAUUGGCUAGUUUCCAACAUGGUGAUUAUGAGACGAUAUGGAAGUUCAAUUCACUAGAUCCAAUAAACAAGUGGAUUGUUUCAACUGAUAAAGAUCACAACAUUGGUAAGACAGAAGCCAAACUUGAACUAAGUCCAGGAAGAAAGGCCCUUUUCCAUGGGCUCUUGAACACGGAGCCACCGAAGGAUGGGUACCAUGCAAAAUCAGGAUUUGCCAACAUUAUGUCGCGUAGAGCAAGU